AUGUCUGCUUCACAUACUAUCCCAGCUUUGCCUCUUCAACCCCCAACCAUAGAUGAAGAGGCUGCCCAAUUCGAGGCCCGAACGCAGGAAAUGGCUGAGUACUUUGCUCAGCCCAGGUUUAAAGGCAUCAAACGUCCUUACACUGCUGCUUCAGUCGCGUCGAAGCAAGGAUCUCUCCCAGUAACACCUCUUCCUUCCACUUUACUUGCAGAUAAGUUGUUUGGCAUCCUUAAGAAAAAUGCAGAUGCAGGGACACCGGUACAUACAAUGGGUGCUAUCGAUCCUGUCCAAAUGACCCAAAUGGCCCACAAUCAAGAAGUUGUCUAUGUUUCUGGCUGGGCAGCCUCUAGCGUGCUCACGACGGGAAACAACGAAGUUGGACCGGAUCUUGGCGAUUACCCUUAUACUACUGUUCCUAACCAAGUACAUCGUCUGUUCCGUGCUCAACAGCUACAUGACAAGAAACAUUAUGACGAACGGCUUUCAUUAACACCUGAGCAACGCGCUAAGACACCCUUCGUGGAUUACCUUAGGCCUAUUAUUGCUGAUGCUGAUACUGGUCAUGGCGGACUGUCUGCAGUAAUGAAACUCGUCAAACUCUUCGCCGAAUCCGGCGCCUCGGCUAUUCAUCUAGAAGAUCAGCUUCACGGUGGAAAAAAGUGUGGCCAUUUAGGUGGCAAAGUCCUUGUGCCGACUUCGACUCACAUCUCCCGUCUUGUUUCUGCUCGAUUCCAACUCGACUUGAUGAAGUCCACUAUGCUUUUGAUUGCCCGCACGGAUUCUGAGUCUGGAAAAUUAAUUUCAUCCAACAUCGACAUUGCAGACCACGAAUUCAUUGUUGGCACAACUACUAGAAGUCCGGAACCUCUGGCUGAAGUUUUGGCUAAGGCUGAAGCUGAAGGGAAAUCAGGGCCUGAAAUUGAUUUAAUUGAAAAAACUUGGAUGGAUAGCCACGAAAUGUGUACAUUCGACCAAGCCGUGAUCAAAGAAAUACAGCUGUCGACCAUCGAAAAUAAAGAAGCAGCAAUGCAGACCUACCACGAAGUAUCGCGUGGCAAGUCAAAUGCUGAAGCUCGAGCGGUUGCAGCGGAUAUCCUGGGCUACGAAGUAUUUUGGGACUGGGAUGCUCCUCGCACCAAAGAGGGAUAUUAUCAUUAUACAGGGGGCGUUGAAGCUGCUAUCAAACGUACCAAAGCCUUUGCGCCAUACGCCGAUCUUCUCUGGCUAGAAACUAAAUCACCAAACCUCGAACAAGCUCGCUAUUUCUCUCGAAAGAUUAGAAAAGUCCAUCCCGGAAAAUGGUUUGUAUACAAUCUCAGCCCAAGUUUCAACUGGUCUCAGCAUGGCUUCUCUGAUGUCGACCUGAAAAACUUCGUGUGGGAUCUGGCUAAAGAAAGCUUCGUUCUUCAGUUAAUCUCAUUGGCGGGAUUGCACAGCAACGCAGUUACAACGGGUAAGCGAGCUUUGUUUUCCUUCCUCGAUGCACAGCUAAUGAGCGAUGCCCCCACAGCCGAAUUAUCGGCACGAUUCAAAGAGGAGGGAAUGCUGGCCUAUGUCAAACUUAUCCAGCGCAAGGAGAAGGAGAUUGGCUGCGACGUCCUAACCCAUCAAAAAUGGUCGGUCGUCGGUGUUCCUCCAUACCGUAAUAUGACUGAAAAUUGUUCUGAGUGCAGGAGCGGUGCCAAUUACAUCGAUAGAAUUCUGUCAACUGUCUCUUCAGGGUCGUCGAGCACGUCUGCUGUUGGGAAAGAUUCAACAGAACAUUCGUUCUAG